AUGAUCGGAGAAGGGCCUCAAGUGCAUCCGGUGAUUGAUAGGGUUAAGGAAUUAGAAAUCAUGGAUAGGACAGUACUAGAAGAUGAGCUGCGAGCAUGGUUGAAGCGAACGUAUCCAGAUACGUGUGAGAGAGCCAAGUCUGUCGCUGCAGCUACCAUAGGUCGAUUGAGGGAGCUGAUAGAUGAAGGCAGUGGUUGUCUGAGCUUAGAAGAUGGGUUUUUGCGAAAAGUCAUCCCGGGUACCACAGCAUUUGCCGACGCGCUUCUCGAAGAGUACGAUACGUCAAUCGAAGGUGCUUUGAAAGGAGAUCAAAUGCUUCUAGCUAUCGGUCUUGACAAAAACCCUCAACUCUGCGACUGCUUCCACGAUAUGUCUCGAUCCACUCGUCAAGCUCCAAUCAUAGACGCGCCAGGGGUCAGAUCUGCCUCAAAAACGUUAGGUAAACAGACUUAUACUGGUGUCUAUCUACUUGACUUUCUAUUGAAUGCUCAAGGCAAGAAACUCCACAUGAGAGUGCUUCUCGGCUGGCCGAGAGGAAAAUGUCCUAAACUGGCUACGCUUGCAUGGGAAACCUAUAUGAUCUGUGCUCUGCAGACUUACAAAGGGGAUAACAAAAUGCAAAUGCAUUCCAUAGGAGGCUUACUUGGACCUGGUAUUGCUAUCAAGCACUUCCGACCCGCUUAUCUUCGAUAUGUCAAAGCUGCUCGAGCUGCAGCCGCUACCCAUGAUUUACCGCCUAUACGGUGUUUCAAGAUAAUGAAUCCGUACCCUGACGAACUCGAUAUUUCGCUCAAAUUCUAUACGGAACUCUUCGAAGACUUAAUUCAAGAUAGUGGAAUUGACCCCAUGAGAUUCAUUCAAUUGGUGGUUGGUACUUAUCAAGGGGAUCGAAAUAGGAUGUUGACUCGAGAGAUGCAAAAAGAGGGAUACGUACCACCCCGAUUAGCUCACCCUCAAGCUAGGGCUCUGAUAUUUGGUAAGAAGUAUGAAUGGGAACCAGGGAUGAAGGGUAUGGAUAGAAGAGCUUUAGCUCUGACUAAGGAAUUUGGUGUGGCUAAACCAGCUCGAACCUUACGACUUGCCACUCUCCCACCUCUUCCUCCAGAUCAUUUAGAGGCCAUGAUUGCCAAAUACAGAAAGAAAGCUGAACUCCUCAAAAUGAUCUAUCCACCUCCCGAGAUGGAAGACGCUGGGAAGAUGACUGAAAAGUAG